GUUUGCGCGAGACUGAUCUUUUCCUUCCUCCCUUGCCGGUCCGCCUGCCUUCCUCCCCCUCUUCCCCGCCCGGCCUCCCCCUUCUUCCCCCGCGGGCCCCCUCCCCGCAGGGAUAAUAUGGUCUCCGGCGAUGGACGCCCCAAGUGCAGGAUAUGCCUUUGAGUACCUUAUUGAAACAUUAAAUGACAGUUCACAUAAGAAGUUCUUCAAUGUUCCUAGACUUGGAGGCACCAAGUAUGAUGUUCUGCCUUACUCAAUACGGGUCCUCUUGGAAGCUGCUGUGCGAAAUUGUGAUGGCUUUUUAAUGAAAAAGGAAGAUGUUAUGAACAUUUUAGACUGGAAAACCAAACAAAGCAAUGUUGAAGUGCCCUUUUUCCCUGCCCGUGUUCUUCUUCAAGAUUUUACUGGAAUACCGGCAAUGGUGGAUUUUGCUGCUAUGAGGGAGGCAGUGAAAACUCUUGGAGGUGACCCUAAGAAAGUCCAUCCUGCCUGUCCAACAGAUCUCACGGUUGACCAUUCCUUGCAAAUUGACUUCAACAAAUGUGCAAUACAGAAUGCUCCAAAUCCUGGAGGUGGUGACCUACAGAAAGCAGGAAAGCUCUCUCCACUUAGAGUGCAGCCUAAGAAGCUUCCCUGCAGAGGCCAGGCUACCUGCCGAGGAUCGUGUGAUUCUGGAGAACUAGGCCGAAACUCAGGAAAAUUUUCUUCGCAGAUUGAAAACACACCCAUCCUAUGUCCUUUUCAUUUGCAACCAGUGCCUGAACCUGAAACAGUAUUAAAAAAUCAAGAAGUAGAAUUUGGCAGAAAUCGAGAGAGGCUUCAAUUUUUCAAGUGGAGCUCAAGAGUUUUUAAGAAUGUGGCUGUAAUCCCUCCUGGAACCGGAAUGGCUCAUCAAGUAAACUUAGAGUAUUUGUCGAGAGUGGUUUUUGAAGAGAAGGACCUCCUCUUCCCAGACAGUGUUGUUGGCACAGAUUCUCAUAUAACCAUGGUGAAUGGUUUGGGGAUUCUGGGGUGGGGGGUUGGAGGCAUUGAAACAGAAGCAGUUAUGCUUGGCCUGCCAGUUUCUCUUACUUUACCAGAGGUGGUUGGAUGUGAAUUAACUGGUUCAUCGAAUCCUUUUGUUACAUCCAUAGAUGUUGUUCUUGGCAUUACAAAGCAUCUCAGGCAAGUAGGAGUGGCUGGAAAGUUUGUUGAGUUUUUUGGAAGUGGAGUUUCACAAUUAUCUAUAGUAGAUCGAACUACAAUAGCAAACAUGUGUCCAGAAUAUGGUGCUAUCCUCAGCUUUUUCCCUGUUGACAAUGUGACAUUAAAACAUUUAGAACAUACAGGUUUUGACAAAGCCAAACUCGAGUCAAUGGAAGCAUACCUUAAAGCUGUGAAAUUGUUUCGAAAUGAGCAAGAUAAUUCAGGAGAACCUGAAUAUUCCCAGGUGAUCCAGAUUAAUCUGAAUUCAAUAGUUCCAUCUGUCAGUGGUCCAAAGAGACCUCAGGAUAGAGUUGCUUUGACAGAUAUGAAAAGUGAUUUCCAAGCUUGCUUAAAUGAAAAGGUUGGAUUUAAAGGCUUCCAAAUUGCAGCUGAAAAGCAAAAUGAUAUCGUCUCUAUUCAUUAUGAAGGAAGUGAAUAUAAGCUGUCUCAUGGAUCUGUGGUCAUUGCCGCCGUUAUCAGUUGUACCAAUAAUUGCAAUCCAUCUGUCAUGCUUGCUGCAGGUCUUUUGGCUAAAAAAGCUGUUGAAGCUGGUCUACAGGUUAAACCUUAUAUAAGAACAAGUUUAUCUCCAGGCAGUGGAAUGGUUACACAUUACCUCAGUUCAAGUGGAGUAUUACCAUAUCUUAGUAAGCUUGGAUUUGAAAUCAUUGGCUAUGGAUGUUCAACAUGUGUAGGAAAUACAGCACCCUUAUCAGAAGCAGUUUUAAAUGCAGUAAAACAGGGUGAUUUGGUUACUUGUGGGGUUUUAUCUGGAAAUAAAAAUUUUGAAGGUCGUCUUUGUGAUUGUGUUCGUGCCAAUUACCUUGCCUCUCCACCCUUAGUGGUAGCUUAUGCCAUAGCAGGCACAGUGAAUAUAGACUUCCAGACAGAGCCUUUAGGUACUGACCCUACUGGCAAGAACAUUUACCUGCAUGAUAUUUGGCCUAGUCGAGAAGAAGUUCAUCAGAUAGAGGAAGAACAUGUUGUAUUAUCCAUGUUUAAAGCAUUAAAAGAGAAGAUAGAGAUGGGAAAUAAGCGGUGGAAUUCUUUAGAAGCACCAGAUUCAGUUUUGUUUCCAUGGGAUUUAAAAUCUACUUAUAUCAGAUGUCCUUCAUUUUUUGAUAAGCUUACCAAAGAGCCAGUUGCACUCCAGUCUAUUGAAAAUGCCCAUGUCUUAUUAUACCUGGGAGACUGUAUCACGACAGAUCAUAUAUCACCUGCUGGAAGCAUCGCUAGGAGUAGUGCUGCUGCUAAGUAUUUGACAAACAGAGGCCUUACCCCUCGUGAAUUCAACUCUUACGGAGCCCGAAGAGGUAAUGAUGCUGUAAUGACAAGAGGCACUUUUGCAAAUAUCAAGCUUUUUAAUAAGUUUAUUGGAAAACCAGCUCCCAAAACAAUUCAUUUUCCAUCAGGACAGACGCUGGAUGUAUUUGAGGCUGCAGAGCUGUACCAGAAAGAAGGUAUCCCACUGAUUAUUUUAGCAGGAAAGAAAUAUGGUUCAGGAAAUUCAAGAGAUUGGGCUGCCAAAGGACCAUACUUGCUGGGUGUGAAAGCUGUUUUGGCUGAAAGUUAUGAAAAAAUUCACAAAGAUCAUUUGAUUGGAAUUGGCAUAGCUCCACUUCAGUUCCUUCCAGGAGAAAGUGCAGAUUCCUUGGGCCUCUCUGGCAGAGAAACAUUUUCUUUAACAUUUCCUGAAGAACUGUCUCCUGGAGUUAUAUUAAAUAUAAAGACAAGCACUGGAAAAGUAUUCAGCGUGAUUGCUUCAUUUGAAAAUGAUGUGGAGAUAACAUUGUACAAACAUGGAGGAUUACUAAACUUUGUGGCACGAAAAUUCUCAUAGUAUCUACUCACCAUGGAUACCUUUCAUAACUGGUGACUGCAAACAAAGCCUUUUGUGCUGGACCCAGGAAUCCUUCCCAUGGAGCUGCAGAUAGUCCCAGUAUGCCCACUUAUCUCAUCCAUGGAUGUAAAUGAUUGUGAAUCAACGUAGUGACUGAAAUGAAAUCUCGAUUUUAAAUAAUAUACGAAUGGUGCUAUUAACAUUGCUAAAAUCAAUGUGUAAAGUGUGUUGUGGAAGAGGCCUAUAAGUAAGGGGGACUAUUUUAUCAGACCAUUUUGUAAAUAAAAGCAGAAUUUGAA